AUACAACUCUGAUGAAGUGGAUCUCCAGAGACAGAACUCAUCUUGUUUAGGAACUCCUCAGUGAUGGAACUGCCAUUGAGACAGCCUUACUUCUGUGCACUCCUGCUGCUGGUGGUGUCAAACUUGCUGCUGUGGGAGAAAGCUGCAUCAGUUCCUGCAUGUGUAGCAGAAAAGGCAGGCUGCUGGAACCCACUUAUGGAAACAUUUGACAGUGCCAUGCAGAAAGCUGAAACCCUACGUAUACUUGCGAAACAAUUCUAUGUAGAGCUUUACCACAACCAAUUCUCAUCCGGAAAAUUUGCAACUCUUACUUCCAAACUGGUUAGGCGGGAUGAGAUUGUUUUCAGAGCUGCAUCUCACUGCCAUUCUUCUCUAACAAAUCCCCCAAAUAGGGGAAUUCAAUACAUAACUAUUGAAAUCGAAGAGUAUUUAAAAACUUUGAUCAAUUAUGUGGGUUCCUGGAUUAGCCCUCUAUUCCAUCUAGUGAUUGAGCUGAGUGCCAUGAAAGAUGUCCCUGAAACUAUCCUCUCAAAAGCCAAGGAGAUUGAAGAGAACAACAGACAAGUUCUGCAAGACCUUAGGUGGAUACUCACCAAGGUCUAUCCUACCGCAGAGAAGAAGGAAAAAUUUCCCAGCUGGGAACUUCUUUCAUUCUUAAAAUCAAAAAACAAAAAUUCUAAAUUUUUGGCAAUGUUUAACCUUUCCCACUGCCUAGAGUAUGAUACACAGUUCUCUCUAUUUCAUCUCAGAAUAUUGAAGUGUCGUAUAACUGGAAAAGAUUGCUAAGUGCACAUUUACCAAAUCUGCUUUGGAGAUGCUCCACAAAACUUCAUUGCAGAGCUGUUGCUUUUAAUUGUAAACAUUUCAAAUGCAUGUGUGGGUACAAUGGAUCUCUUUAAAGAAAAAUAAAAGCACUCUCUUUAGAAAUGUC